AGGGCAGCCAGGCCAGCGCCGCCGACUGCCAACAGUGAGCCGCGGAGGCUGCGACGGGCAGACGGGCGGUGGUGUCGACACCGGGACACCGAGACACCGAGGCGCCCAGCGAGAGACGUGUAGCUGGACAUCUAGGACACGAUGGCGGACAACGGCGUGGCUUCGAUGCCAUCCUCGCCGCCGCCGUGCCCGGAGGGGCUUAACAACGGCCUCCUCGUCGGUGGCGGGCCGUACGUGUCCUACGGCAUCGCGGGCGUGCACAGCCACAGCGCGCUGGCCAAGAAGGUCCCCAACGACAAGAACAGCCUGCUCGUGGGGGCCGUGGAGCUCGGCCUGGGGGCGGCGGGGAGCGGCCCGCCAGGCUCGGGGGCGGGGGCCGGCGGGGGCGGCAAGCCCGCCAUCACCCUCAGCAACCUGCCGCGCCGGCCCUCCGUGGACAUCCAGUUCACCAACCUGGCCUACUCUGUGUCCGAGGGGCGCAAGAGAGGCUACAAGACGCUGCUCAAGACGGUGAGCGGCGCCUUCUGGUCGGGCGAGCUGACGGCCAUCAUGGGACCCUCGGGGGCGGGCAAGAGCACGCUCAUGAACUCGCUGGCGGGCUACCGCACUUCGGCGCUUAGCGGCAACAUCCUCGUGAACGGGCGGCCGCGCAACCUGCGCCGCUUCCGCAAGAUGUCCUGCUACAUCAUGCAGGACGACCAGCUGCUGCCGCACCUCACCGUGCGCGAGUACAUGAUCGUGUCGGCCAACCUCAAGCUCAGCGACCACAUCGGCGCCGCGGCCAAGCGCCGGAUUGUGGACGAGCUGCUGGAGACGCUGGGGCUGUGCGAGUGCCAGGACACCCGGACGGGCAGCCUGUCCGGCGGUCAGCGCAAGCGGCUGUCCAUCGCGCUGGAGCUGGUCAACAACCCGCCGGUCAUGUUCCUGGACGAGCCGACCAGCGGGCUGGACAGCUCGUCGUGCUUCCAGUGCCUGUCGCUGCUCAAGUCGCUGUCGCAGGGCGGGCGCACCAUCGUGUGCACCAUCCACCAGCCGUCCGCGCGCCUCUUCGAGAUGUUCGACCAGUUGUACGCGCUGGCCGAGGGCCAGUGCAUCUACCAGGGCUCCGUGCACGGCGUCGUGCCCUUCCUCGCGUCCAUGGGCCUCGAGUGCCCCAGCUACCACAACCCCGCCGACUACGUGAUGGAGGUGGCGUGCGGGGAGCACGGCGAGCACGUCCCCAAGCUGGUGACGGCCGUGGCCAACGGCAAGUGCAACAACCUGUACCAGACCGGCAAGUCCGCGCUACAGCAGCCAGGCAACGGCGCCAGCCUCUCCGCCAGCACCUGCGACUGCGGGCUGUCGGUGAGCAGUAUGCGGAGCGGGCCGGGAGCGCCAGACAGCUGCCAGAGCUGUCCGAGCUGCGCGCACUCCGCCACCACGCUGCUGGACUCCUCCGACGAAUCCCUGAGCGGCGGCGGCUUCCCGACGUCCACCGCCAGCCAGUUCUGCAUCCUGCUCAAGAGGACCUUCCUCUCCAUCAUGAGGGACCAGACGCUCACGCAGUUCCGGCUCAUCUCGCACCUGACGGUGGGGCUGCUGCUGGGCGCCAUCUACUACGGCAUCGGCAACGAGGCCUCGAAGGUCAUGAAUAACGCGGGCUGCAUCUUCUUCACCGUGCUCUUCGUCAUGUUCACCGCCAUGAUGCCCACCAUCCUUACGUUCCCGAUGGAGAUGUCCGUGUUCGUCCGGGAACACCUCAACUACUGGUACUCUCUCAAGUCGUUCUACCUCGCCAAGACGGUGGCCGACCUCCCUUUUCAGCUCGCCUUCUCCGUGGUGUACGUGUGCAUCGUUUACUGGAUGACGGCGCAGCCCAUGGAGGCGUCGCGUUUCUUCAUGGUGCUUGCGAUGUGCCUGCUCGUGUCGCUGGUCGCGCAGAGCCUCGGGCUGCUCAUCGGCGCGGGCAUGUCCGUGGAGAGCGGCGUCUUCCUCGGGCCGGUGACGUCGGUGCCGGUGCUGCUGUUCUCGGGCUUCUUCGUCAACUUCAACACCAUCCCGCCGUACCUGCAGUGGCUGUCGUACCUCAGCUACGUGCGCUACGGCUUCGAGGGCGCCAUGGUGUCGGUGUACGGCCUGGACCGGCAGAAGCUGCACUGCUCCGAGCCCUACUGCCACUACAAGAGCCCCAAGAAGUUCCUCAUGGACAUGGACAUGGCCGACGCCAACUUCUGGCUGGACGCGGCCGCCCUGUUCGCCUUCUUCCUCAUCCUGCGCUCGCUCACGUACUUCAUCCUGCGCCUCAAGCUCCGGUCCACUCGAUGACCGGCCGAGGAGACCACAGUGCCGAGGUGGGAAAACUUGCAAUGCCACUUCACUUUGACGGGUCCUCAAGCGCCUGUCAGCCCCGGGGUAGGCAGGCCCGCACAUCAUGCCCGCUGGACGGGCGGGCCUAGCGCCGCCGCGGCAGGCUGAU